GAGAAGCACCGCGCGCCCAGCUGCAAUGGCUCCACGUGAGACGCGCCGGGGAAACGAGAGCGGGAGCGUGAAGGUGUCUUCCGUGGUUUUCUGAAGCGGAGUGAGAUGGCGUGCACCAGGAGAGUCAAAACUUUGGUGUCGACGUGCGUGAUCCUAAGCGGCAUGACCAACAUCGCGUGCCUGCUGUACGCCGGGUGGAUCACGCGCUUCGUCUCCAACGGGAGCGCCAAAGUCCCGGAGAGAAAGUUGGAGGACGACCCCGGAGAGACGCUGCGGAUCCUGGAAAGGCUGGACAGGCUGGAGAACGUGGUCAAGCAGCAUAUCCAAGAGAUGCCCCUGAAGGAUGGGGAGGACACAACGGGCCUCUCGCUCUCUGACUCUCGUCUGUUCGCUCGCUGGGGUCAUGACCUAGGCCCGGAGAGCCGCCGGGUGGCCCUGCAGAAGUUCCAGUAUUACGGUUAUAAUGGAUACCUCAGUGACCGUCUCUCUCUAGACAGAGCCAUUCCUGAUCUCAGACCAGACGGGUGCAGAAACAUCUCCUACCACGCCAACCUUCCCAAAGUCAGCAUCAUCUUCAUCUUUGUCAACGAAGCUUUGUCCGUUAUCCUGCGGUCCAUUCACUCGGCCAUGCGCAGGACCCCCUCCCACCUCCUGAAGGAGAUCAUCCUGGUUGACGACAACAGCAACAACGAUGAGCUGAGGGAGAAUCUGCAGAGGUUUGUAGAGGAGACUAAUCAGCGCCAUCCUGACUUCAUUAAGGUGGUCCGCCACACCAGGCAGGAAGGCCUAAUCCGGGCCCGUGUGAGUGGCUGGAGGGCUGCAUCCGCACCUGUAGUGGCCCUAUUUGAUGCCCAUGUGGAGUUUAACGUGGGGUGGGCUGAGCCGAUCCUGCACAGGAUCCAGGAAGACCGGACGCGGGUCAUCUCGCCUUCCUUCGACAACAUCAAAUUCGACACGUUUGAGGUGGAGGAGUAUCCUCUGUCAGCGCAGGGAUUUGACUGGGAGCUGUGGUGUCGAUACCUGAACCCACCUAAAUCCUGGUGGACCCAGAAGAAUCACACUGCACCCAUCAGGAGCCCAGCCCUGAUUGGCUGCUUUGUGGUGGACCGAGAGUACUUCCAGGAGAUUGGUCUGCUGGAUGAAGGCAUGGAAGUCUAUGGAGGAGAGAACGUGGAGCUGGGAAUCAGGGUGUGGCUGUGUGGGGGCAGUGUGGAGGUUCUCCCCUGUUCCAGAAUAGCCCACAUUGAACGCGCUCACAAGCCCUACACUCAAGACCUGCCAACCCACGUGCGCAGGAAUGCUCUGCGAGUGGCCGAGGUGUGGAUGGACGAGUUUAAGGACCACGUCUACAUGGCCUGGAACAUUCCACUACAGGACUCAGGGAUCGAUAUCGGAGAUAUCAGAGAGAGAAAGCUCCUGAGGCAGCGCUUGCACUGUAAGCCCUUUCGCUGGUUCCUACAUAACAUUUACUCGGAAAUGAGAACAUACGCCGACACCAUCGCCUAUGGCACGCUGAAGAAUGGCUUGCGGCCGGAUCUGUGCAUGGAUCAGGGACCAGACACAGACAACAUCCCAAUCCUGUACCUCUGCCAUGGCAUGACGCCGCAGAAUGUGUACUACACCAGCUCCCAGCAGUUGCGUGUGGGUGUGUUGAGUCCGACGAUUGAUGAUGAUGAUAAUAAGUGCCUGGUGGACGUGAACGGACGCCCGCGGCUUCUGGAGUGCAGCUACGCUGGAAACAAGCACAUGAAGCUCUCCUGGACGUUUACUCAGGGAGGUUCCAUCCAGAACAGAGAGUCUAAGCUCUGUCUUGAGUUGGUCCAGAACAGUGAUACGGAGGUUGGCUACCAGCUCGCCUUGCAGAAGUGUACUGACCAAAAAUGGACAAUUACAAACAUACUGGCUGGCAACAUUCUCUGAGGUUGACGCUACAUAUGGCACUUGAUUUCUGGCGCUGGACACGUCCUCCCUCUGCAUACAAAGCCUGCGUUUAGACAGCAAAAUCAUUACUUUCUUCUUAAAUCCAGUGUGAACUGGGUGAGUUUCUGCAAUACUGAACAGUAAAAGGUUCAUGAAACGAGCUCUUCAGCUGCAUAACAGGCAUUCCCACAAGAACGAGGGCAGUCACACAAGAAAGAAGAAAAACUGAUCUCAAUCGAGCUUCAUGUCCUGCUGUCUAGACACAGCCAUGGUGAGUCUUCUCUAUGGGAGAUUAGCACACUGGAAAACUGAUGCAUUGAAUUUGCUUGAUUCAAAUGUGCAUCAUUAACAAAGAAUCUAUUACAUCAACACAACUUUGUCUUUCACUUUACUUUUGCCUGUAUAUGUGCUGAUGUAAUAUAUUUCAUAUAUGAGGAAAAGAUGAACACCUUUAAAUCAGGUAAAGUCCAAUAGUCUGAGACCACAAGUUGGAAAUAAACAUAAAGUUUUAGAAUUUUGAGAGAUUUAAGACAAAGAGACCAGAAAUAUUGAAGAUUCUGCACUUUUUCUAAGUUGCUGUUCAAAUCAAAAGCACAUUUGUGACGCCGAUGUUGAGGUCUUUGCACAAAAAAGUCAGAUUGUUUUUGAGUCUUAUCUAUCCAGUGAAGCUUGUUUUCAGGCGACUCUUGGGCAGAUAUGAUCUACUCAUCAGAGGCUUUGACACAAACUAUUUCACACAAGCAGCUUGAGUACAUGCUGUGUUUAAGCAAAUACCAAAUAUCAAUUUGAUGUCAAAUUCUCAAGUUCAUGUAAAUAUUUCCAAGA